AUGCAUCCGCAAAUCUUCUUUAUUAUCGUUCAUCAGUCAGUGGUGAUGACUUUGGCUAUACUCGGUAAUUUAUUCCUGAUUUUCGUCAUAUUCCGUGGUAAUCAUGCAGUGAGGAGGCGUAUAUCACCUGUACAGCUUCUACUAUUGCACACUUGCGCUGCCGAUUUGCUCUUCGCCCUGGUCACAUUAGGCACCGAGAUACUGACACUGCUUUCCUAUCCACACUUUGGCGGCUCGGAUUGGUUAUGCAAAGCAAUGCGAUAUGGUCAAGUGCUACCUCUCUACGCGAGUCCUUUCCUCCUGGUGGCCAUCAGCGCCGAUCGCUAUCAGGCCAUUUGCCGUCCGCUGGCAAAUAUUCGCUCGUCAAGAUUCCGACGACCGAACUGUUUCGCCGCAGUCGCCUGGAUACUGGCUCUACUCUUCUCAAUACCGCAGCUAUUCAUCUGGAGAAAAAAGCAAAAUGGUGAAUGUGCAACUUUCUAUGGCAACAAAUCACACUUCCUGAAAAACCUCUACGUGAUCGGUUUCAAUACAAUCGCAUGGCUUCUUCCUUCUAUAUUCGCAGCAUUUUUCUAUUAUUGUGUCUGCAAAGCUGUGUGGAUGUCACGAUCAAAAGCAGCGACACAUCAGCAAGCGAACAAAAUGGAAGUGAAGAAAAGCGAUGUGACACAGGACUAUAUCAAUCGACUGCGAAAAAAGUCGUGCGGCCAUCGUCGCCAAAACUCCGAGUUUGACCGCAAACGAGUACAAACAGUGCGGCUAACCAUGACCAUCAUUGCCACCAAUUUCUUCCUAUGGAUGCCAUUUUGUCUAGUAAACAUGAUCCAAGCAUUCAAACCAGGUCCAACGCUAAGUAUCUACGUGAUGAUCCUCGGAAAUCUCAAUUCCUGUGUUAAUCCUUGGGUAUACAUCUUAUUCAAUCGUUCCCAAGCUGUCAAAGCACUGUGUGGACGGCGAGCGAUGGGUCAGUCGGAGGGUCCGUUUUCAUCAAUUCAUCAUCGUGCUUCAUUUCAUCUUAUCAGUUCAGGUUAUUCCACACAUCGGAGUGAAACCGACAUGCUAUCCUCCAGUCGACGAUCAGAGUUCAAGUUUUCCGUUGGCAAUUCACUAGCGCCCCUUACGCCCGACGACAUAAGAGUACUUUCAUUAAAUAUAUUUAUUAUAUAA